AUGUCCAUGGCGUCUCCAGCGCCCAGGGAAGAUAGUCCGUUGUUCGUUACCUAUGCGACCUUGUUAUCCUCGCUCGAGUUCCCAUCAAGCAAGCCAUUGCCGUCUUGGCUGGUCAAGUUCAGUAGCUCCAAUGUCUUGGCAAAGCUCAAGGCAAUCGAUAAGCCAUUCGGAAAGCCCAAUACUGCAUCUGCGAGCAAAGUCGUUGCGCUCACGCCAGUGACCGCUCUAUCGACCGACAAGCUCACCAAAGACGAAUCCGCUCUUGCUCUCGUCAUAGCAGAGCAGCUUGAUAUUGACGAGAUAGAGGCGAUCAUCCUCCUGCGGAAGUUUUGGAUAGAGACGCGUCAGGAUGGACCCGUCUCGCAAGGCCUCAAGGACAGUCCUGAUUUCUGGCAUGACUUUGCCAAAUUCUACUACCUCGAACGACUCAGCCUGCUAGGCGUUCUGGCCCAUGCUCUUCGGACAGUCGAAGACCCAGAGCAUGUACAUGCGGAUGUCUAUUCCGGCUGGCUCGACGAGAUACUGCAUACGCAAUUCUGUCCUAAUCUGCUCAAGACAGUCUUGAGACUGGCUACGACGCAAGUGCCGAGCCGACUGCGAUCAACAGCGCGCAACGCAUCAAGCUGGGCAAAGUCUGUCUUGCGUGAGCAACAAGCUCUACUCGAAUGUCACUUCUUGUCGCUCUACAGCCGCGUGGCAGCGGACGCAGACUUGCUCGCUGACCUGCUCCUCACCAUUCGCAAUGCCGAAUACGGUCAUAAGCAGUACAACCUCGCCUACUUUGACAGCGAGGCUCAGACGCUCCUUGCUGGCAUUGAGCACCUUUACAUCUUGCUAGCUGUAGAAUCGCUCAAUCUGGAGCAAGUCACCCUGGAUGCGUCUAGUCUGAAGCCGGCAGGCCCUCAUCAGCCUCUGCCGCCGGCGAGUCAGCUAAUCAACCCAGCUACCUUUGCCAAUGUACAGCAAGCAGUGUUUGCGCUUUCCACCGCCUUUCCAGUCGCUUCGGCUCCUCUGGUGAUGGGAUGGUCAUAUCUGCUAUCAAAGCUCACCGAGUUCAUUCAGACCGAGCCAUCACACGAGGCUUAUACUGAGCUGCAGAGCCAGAUCUACCCCGCUGCUACCACAUCUGCUAACACUCAGCCACUUUACCAGCAAUUGAUCAGCUUCGCUUUGGAACCUGCCCAUUCUGCACUCGAGGUCUUGCGGCUCGUCCUAGCAGGUCCACUCGUGCAGGGACGCCAAUCGAUGCUCUCGACACAAAGAUUGCUGAGCAGCAAUGCGAAUGCUCUGGGUUACCUUUCCGUCUCUCGCUCGCUUCUCGUUGCGCUUUUGCAGCUGAUCAAGCUGCCCUAUCUCGGUGAUGCGCAAUAUACCGCUCUCAUCGGCCUGUUUGAGACUAUUUACGACCAUCCCGACGCCCGCCUCCUUCGAGCCCAAUUUUGGCACUUAGGGCAGCCGGAGGAAGACGAGGAAGGAGACUACCCAGAGAGAGCAUUGCUAGAAGUAGCGAGGCGCAAGUUCCCAUACGACCGACUGGGCUUGCUACGUGUCUUGCGCGCCGUGUCUGGCAAGGCCGAACUUAUUGCGAGCUCGAGCGCCGACAGAGAGAUCGAUCAGGCGUGUAGCGAGAGCGUUCUCACUUACCUCUCGUCUUUAUCGACGCUUGUCCACGAACAUCCUACGCCGCCCGCUCUGACACCUCGACCAUACGAGCCUAUCGAGUCUGAUCCUUCAAAAGUGCGCGCUCUGCGGCCGAUACCUGUCAGCCGAUCGAUCACUAUACCGGCCGGCGCGGAAGGCGUCCUUAUGAGCGCAGCGGGCGUUCGACCGGUGCUCAUUUCGUGGAACCUCGCACCCACUAACGGCUGGUCAGGCUUGCGAUAUCUUGCCGAUCUCGUCGAUUCCUGCGCUGGCGCGCCAGCUGCCAGCGUACCUGCUCUUGAUCCCUUCCAAACCGUGCCAGACGCGUAUCCCCGCUUUGUCUGGUCAUCGCCGGAGCAGUCACGAUCGGAGCUGGCGCUCACGCUCGAGCUUGUUACAGACCUGCUCAACAAUGCCAUGCCGGAUGAUGUCCAGCUCAUCUUGAGUGCUAUUCAGGCCGAUGGCAGCAAUCCUACGUGGUUGAAUGACCUAUUUGAGCUGCUGCGACUGAGCUUCAAAGAUGAUCAAGAGAGCGGACGCAAACUGAUGCCUCGAUUGCUUGACGCCAUAUCGAUCCUGCUGCCUCACCAGUCUGGCAUCAUCUGGACCUUCAUUGCCGCCUCUACAAAGCUAUUCCAGACUUCAAUCAGCGCAUAUCCCGCCGGCGAACCAUUACAUCAUAUCAACGACCGCAUGACUGGCCACUUUGAUACGACGCUCUCUGCAAUCGCACUCCUGCACAGUCUGAUACUCGAAUGCCAGCGGUCUUCACUCACUGAUGAAGCCGCAUUUGCGGAUCUCAAGGCAGUCGUGCUCGAACGCGCGCUUCAUUGGCUACUCGACGAGAUCUGGAUCGUUCACGACUCAUGGAAGUAUGCCGAGUUGACGCAACGCUUUCAGCUGACGAGCACCUUGUCUGUGACGUUAUCGCUCUUGGUCGAUGAAGCCAGCUUCGCGGAUCUCGCUAGGAAGCAGCCAUUAGCGAAGCCUUGUCGAAUGGUACUGGAGGCGCUACUACUUACGCAGGAUCCUGUAUAUAUCGCGCCAUUGCUCAACGCUUUCGUCCGGCUACCUAAGCUCAGCGAAGUCUUCAGUGUCGUCGGAAGGCAACAGGAAGCCGCAGAAGCCGAUCUCGCCUUAGCUAGCGUCACAAGCCUGGCCAAUUCUAUUCUACGUCUUCGGCGUCAAUAUCUUGGUAUGCGACCCUGCCCCCUCGAAGUCUAUCUGCUCGAAGCACAACCGUCGGGGCAGCGAUCGACAACCAGCGGACUCGCUUUCUCAGCCUUGCUCGAGACUGCCCUUCUAUCGUCAGAGAUCACGCUGGCUGUCCCUGCGUUCCAUCUGCUGACCACAGUUUCCAUCCUUGCUGUCGAUUACGAGCAUGGUACAUCAGCACUCGUGUCUUCGCUUGGGUCUGCAGAUCGCGACUCGAUGUUCCAUGAUACACUGCUUGACAUGAUGGCCGACUCUUUUCGCGAUGAAGAAUUGCGCACUGCCGCCUGGACCUUUGCUGCCAGCCUCAUCGAUGCAGGCGUUGGGUAUGGUCAUACGCUGGUAACAGGCCAGCCUGGUGCCCACGAUAGACCGUCCAAUAAGAACGUUAUCGCGGUUGCUACGGCUACACUGGCAGACUGGGACUCGCUUUGGCGCCAUGAGCCUAAACUUUUGCACGCGAUCGUCCGUCUGCUCGCCCUGGUCUGGCAAAACAGGACUGCUUAUGGGGACAACUUCCCGACGACGGAGCCGGCGCUAGGCCCUGUGAUACGUAGCAUCGCACUUGCUAGCUUGCCAAUAGCAGCCACUGACGAAGACGAUUCGGAGAGUUUCAAUACAAUCAGCAAUCGCUGCUUCCGCGUCGCGUCCCAAGCCUACGCCGUCAGUGUAGCAGCCCUUGACACAGUAGCCUCGGCUGUUAGCGGAACAAGCUCGCUCUUUGUCAGUGCAAGCUUGCUGAGCGCGCUGUUCAAGAAUCGUGAAUCGGUCGAUGCGACAAUCGAGCAGCUCAGCAGUUCCUCCUACGAGAGCUUGCCACCAGAGAAGUCAGGACUGUUCUCGCGAGACUCAUAUCGCUACCAGGACAGCCUUGGCGCCCUCGAUCCAGCGCGGUCCUAUGGCAUCGACUACGAAUAUGCAAUCGAGAGAGCAGAGAAAACUCUACAUGGACUUUCUGCAAGUGAACUCGAUGCAUCGGUCGACAGCGUGCUGCUUGCGAUCAUGCUGUUCAACGCGAAUCGGUCUACUAUCGGCGCAGAGCUGCUACGUCUCCGAGCUUGGUCCCGCUAUCUCGAAAUCGCUUUUGCAGCCGAGCAGACUGAGCAGCUCUCUGGCGAGCUCAUCCGCGCAGCUGUGACCGUGCUUGCUGAAGCGAGUCAAGAGCAUCGGAGCGGUGCUCUUAUAACGACCCUACAUGCAGAGCGCCUGCAGCUCGUGCUAUGUCUUGGUCAAGCAGCCAUGCGGAUUCCGCAGCCGAGCAAGGAAGAGGCAACGAAAUUUGUCAGCGCUCUCGGUACAAUAACGCAACAUGUAGACUUCCCGUUGGCCGCUUCUUUGCACAGCUACGAAGCAGCUGGGUGGCACCGCCCUUGCUUUGGCAUCAUCGUAUGCGCGUAUCGCAUCUUUAACAGGGCUCAUGCAGACGCUCCUCUGCCGCUACACGAUCUACCGAGACUGCGCGAUGCAUCUUUGCGCACGCUCGACGCCUUGCUCGAAUCCCUACGCCUUUUGUUUAGCCAAGCAACAGGCACGAUGUCAGAAGAGCUCGAUGCGGAUCUUGCUCUAGCCGUCAUGGCCGUCCUUGCGAUUCCUACGAACUUGGUCUCACCGCAAGAGCUAUUUGCAAGCCUGCGGACGUCUAGUCUAGUGAGGACUAUGUGCGAUCUGAUCAGUCGGACCGAUCGCUCGUCCUAUGCAACACAUGCUCUUGACUUCAUGCUGCAACUAGCCCGACACAAGUCUGGUGCGGAGUUACUCGGGCUCGAUGGAGUGAUGACAGCACUCUGCGCUGCGUCCCCGACUGAUCAGACCUUCAUCGAAGCUGCUAUUGUCAGCGGGGCGAAUUACGAGCGCCCCGCGGCACAUCGGCAAUGGUGUCAGUCGCUCGCAUUGGCAUCCCAUCUCAUCGCGCAGCUAGGUGACAGCGAGGUUUUCAUCUCGCAAGACACUCUAGCCUUCUUGAGCGCUUACAAUGCUCAGCUGAAGCAUGCAUUGACCUGGCAAUUCGAGCGCGAGCCCUUGACACUGCCAUUGCUCGAGGAAAUGGAGCUCAUUGUCGUCCUGUUUGGCGUGCUUGUUCAGCAUCGAUCAUCGACGACGCGUCAGAUGUAUGCUAACUUGGCGAAGAACGUUCUGGGCCUAUGUCAGCAAUUAGUAUGGUAUCUUCUCCACCCUAAUCGAUUGCGGUCCAUCAUGGAAAGCACCAAUCAAGAGGAAGCCAGCUGGUUGGCCAAUUCGGAGGAAGGAGAAGUCGAUCCGAACAAGUUGGAAGAGUCGCCUGUCGCUGCAGCUUUGCUUCAGAAAGUCAUUGCGGUAGUAUGCGAUCUUACGCGUGCGCUCGCAACAUAUGCCUCCUCAAUCAGCAUCAUCAGAUCCGUUCCGAUGGACUGGCCGAUGGAAGCAUUGCUCGUAGAUCUUAACAAGGAAGGCGCAAUGACCCUGCCGGCUAUCUUAGGCUCUUUCAUCGACCUCUCCGGCUUCUGCUUUGAUCAAUUGCGCUCGGGCUCGAGUGGUGCUGCGGCUCAGCAUGCAGGAGCGACUACUCUGCCCCGCUAUGAUCCCGAGACGUUCGUGCAGCUGGUGACUGACGUACAAGAAGCGACUAUUGUGCUUGCGGCAACUCAGAUGGCGCUCUAUCUCAAGGAAGCAAGCCAGCGCGCCGACCAAGAGACAGAUCGUGCAUGUCGAGAGAUCUCGAGCGAGCUAGCUACAGAGCUCUCGGGACAACUCGAAAAGGCGCCUUCGUCUCAGCAACGCAUGUCCACCGCCGUGCGCGGGUUCUUGACAUCUUACGUCCUGCGUCCGUUGAAGCGAGCGCAAAUUGAUCUGCAGCUGCUUCGGCCUGACCCUCGAGACGGAGCAGCGAUAGCCCAAUUGGUAGACUUUGCAAGCCUAGCAGUGAUACCUUAUAGCGCUGCGCCUCAUUUGCCGGACGAUUUCGCGGAGUUGGGCGAGCUCGUGCGACAAGUCUUGCCGCCUGAAGACAUGACCAACUUCACAUCGAGUCUCUUGCCGGUACCAUCACCUCCCGGCCAGAUUCGCUGCGCGCAUUGCUGGAAUUUGCGAUGCAAGAAGGUCGCCAUCAUGUACGCUGUCAGCCUAUCCGCCUUCCUCUUUGGGAAAACCGCUGACGUGGGAUGCAGAUCCUCGGUGACUGUCAUGCAAAAGCAUGCGGAGGCUGAGUGCAGCGAAGAGAAGCAUGGAAAAGGGUCUGAGCAGCCUGUGCCGUAUACCCCGCCGGCGCAGAAGGAGAAGCCUGAUAAGCCGUACAAAGUGCAGAAGCAGCCAGAAGGCAGCAAAGCUACUUCGUCAGAGCCCGACACUGGGAAGCCGAAGCAUAGCCCGCGACCUUUCAAGCCGGAACCGGAAGACAGCGCUUAG